AUGCAGGGCUUCAACAAGUACUACCCACCCGACUUUGAUCCUGACAAGCAUGGCAGUCUCAACUCUUACCGAGGCAAACACGCCCUGGGUGACCGCGCACGCAAGCUUGACCAGGGAAUCCUCAUAACGCGUUUUGAGCUGCCGUUCAACAUAUGGUGUGGCCACUGCGAAGCCCACAUUGGUAUGGGCGUGCGGUACAACGCCGAGAAGCGCAAGGUUGGAUCCUACUAUUCCACACCUAUCUACGCCUUCCGAUGCAAAUGCCAUCUGUGCGGAGGAUGGUUCGAGAUACAGACGGAUCCCAAGAGCACGCGAUAUGUGGUGACCGAAGGUGCACGGCAGAAGCAGGAGGAUUGGGAUCCAGAAGAGAACGGGGGCUUUGCAGUGCAUGAUACCGACAAAGCCGCCACCCCCACCGACCCCCUUGCUGCGCUCGAAAAGACGACCUCCGCCCAGACCCAUAUGACCCAAGUCCAAAUGCCGCGCAUUGAAGAGCUGCAGUCCUUCUCCGAGCAGCGCUCCGCCGACCCGUACACGCUCUCCGUCAAGGUGCGCAAGCGCUUCCGCGAGCAGAAGAAGGUCGACCGCGCGCUGCAGAGGGCCGACGAAGAGCUCAAGGGCCGAUAUGGGCUCCCCGAGAGCAUGAGCCUCGUGAGGGACGACGAGGAGAGCAGGAAAGCUGCCAAGGAGGAAUGGGAGCGGGCGCGCAGGCAGGAGGAGCUGCGAGACAAGGAAUCUCUGAAGAAGAGGAGGAUCGGCGCUGCGGUGGGGACCAUGCCGGUUUCGCUGGCGUCGAAGUCGAGAAUCUCGAAGCAGCACUCUUCAUCCUCGUCGCCGGUAAUAUCAUCUUUACGAGCCCGUAUUCUCGAGAACACAGCUCGACAUUCCAGUCUCAAGCCGCACAGAUGA